AUGGAGAUAACCUACGCAUCGCCAAGUUUCUCCGACCUCUCCGCCGUCGCCGCCGCCGCAGCUACCUCCACCAUGCCUUCCUCCGCCACCGCCCCUCGUCCCCUCAGGAUCAUUCCUCUCCAGCACCCCACCGCCACCUCUUCCUCCUCGCCGCCGCCCAACGUCGCCUUCGCGCGCUGGACCGCCGGGCUCCGGCGGAUGACGUGGCUCCAGUGGCUCGAGUUCUUCCUCCCUUGCAUCCGCUGGAUUCGCAUCUACAAAUGGCGCGAGUAUUUCCAGGUUGAUCUCAUGGCCGGAAUCACCGUCGGUGUCAUGCUCGUUCCUCAGUCGAUGUCGUAUGCUAAAUUGGCUGGACUUCAACCGAUAUAUGGACUCUGUAAGAUUGCUGAACUGAGCGUGCUCUGGAUGAGUUUUGUGAUUUGUGAAGACUCUGGUUUUGUGCCGCUAUUUGUGUAUGCCAUAUUUGGGUCUUCUCGCCAGCUUGCAGUAGGCCCAGUGGCAUUGGUUUCUCUCUUGGUAAGUAACGUGCUAAGUGGCAUAGCUGAUUCCUCCAGUGAAUUAUACACAGAGCUGGCAAUAUUACUGUCCCUUAUGGUUGGGAUAUUGGAGUGUGUAAUGGGACUCUUGAGGCUUGGAUGGCUUAUUCGUUUCAUUAGCCAUUCAGUGAUUUCUGGCUUUACAACUGCUUCAGCUAUUGUCAUUGGUUUAUCUCAAGCAAAGUACUUCUUGGGGUAUGAUUUAGACAAAAGUAGCAAGAUCAUCCCAGUAGUUAAGAGUAUAAUAGAUGGAGCAGAUAAGUUUUCAUGGCCCCCUUUUGUGAUGGGAUCCAGUAUGCUUGCGAUACUACUCGUCAUGAAACACCUGGGAAAAUCAAGAAAGUACUUGCGAUUCUUGAGAGCAGCAGGUCCUCUUACAGCUGUAGUUCUGGGAACAAUUUUUGCAAAAGUUUUUCAUCCACCAUCAAUUUCUUUGGCUGCAAAAGGAAUAGAUGAGGAUGUGGUGGGAGAAAUACCUCAGGGCCUACCAAAAUUUUCUGUCCCAAAAGCUUUUGAGUAUGCACAGUCUUUAAUUCCUACUGCUAUUCUCAUAACUGGUGUGGCUAUACUGGAAUCAGUGGGAAUUGCCAAGGCAUUAGCAGCGAAGAAUGGGUAUGAAUUGGAUUCAAAUCAAGAGUUGUUUGGUCUUGGCGUUUCCAAUGUUCUUGGUUCAUUUUUUUCAGCAUACCCUACUACAGGAUCCUUUUCAAGAUCAGCUGUAAAUCAUGAAAGUGGUGCAAAAUCUGGAGUAUCUGGGAUUGUUUCGGGAAUUAUAAUGGUCUGCGCACUUAUGUUUCUUACACCAUUAUUUGAGUACAUACCUCAGUGUACCCUUGCUGCUAUUGUGAUCUCAGCUGUGAUAGGUCUGAUAGACUAUGAUGAGGCCAUUUUUUUGUGGCGUGUUGAUAAGAAAGAUUUUCUUCUUUGGACCAUUACUAGUACUACAACAUUGUUCCUUGGUAUUGAGAUUGGUGUCCUUGUUGGGGUUGGGGUUUCACUUGCUUUUGUCAUUCAUGAGUCAGCAAAUCCACAUAUUGCUGUUUUAGGUCGUUUGCCAGGAACAACUGUUUAUAGGAAUGUCAAACAGUAUCCUGAAGCAUAUACAUAUAAUGGUAUUGUAAUCGUUCGUGUUGAUGCUCCAAUUUAUUUUGCAAACACGAGUUACAUAAAGGACAGGUUGCGUGAAUAUGAAGUUGAUGUUGAUAGUUCUAAAAGCCGUGGACCUGAGGUUGAAAGAAUUUAUUUUGUGAUUCUUGAGAUGGCACCUGUGACCUAUAUAGAUUCCAGUGCUGUUCAAGCUUUGAAAGACUUGUAUCAGGAGUACAAAUUACGGGACGUUCAGAUUGCAAUAUCCAAUCCAAGCCCAGAAGUUCUGCUCACCUUGUCAAAAUCCGGUCUGGUGGAGUUGAUAGGCAAAGAAUGGUACUUCGUGAGAGUACAUGAUGCUGUUCAAGUUUGCUUGCAACAUGUUCAAAGCUUGAAAGCGGGAUUUAACAGUUCCCACACAUCACUCUCUUCAUUAGAAGACAAACCAAGUUUAUUAGGGCGAUUGUCGAAAGAGAGAGCGGAGAACCUUUCAACCGACUUAGAGGCUGGUAAUGGCAGACCUCCACUCCCAAGGGACAGAGAUUCCCAGUUGGAGCCACUGUUGUCGAAUGAACGAUGA